AUGAGUUCACAAGAUGAUUGGUGUAUAAAGCUGGAAGCCCAACAAGCCAUUCAACGCUUUGCCACCCUCACAUGGAACAUCAGCCACCUGAAAAGUCUACUGGCUCGGCAUACCUCCGAGUUGGAAGCAAUUGAGGACGCCCAAGGAGAGUUUGAUUUGAAGGAUUCGUGGGUCAGAAUUGGAGAGUCCUUUGAUCUCAUAAAUGCUGAUACGGAAACCGGUGUCAUGAACCAGUUUGAAAAGCGGUAA